AUGUCCAUGUACUCUGUGGAUGACCCGAUGUUUGAGGACGAUGUCUUCCGUACGAGAUAUCUUAAUGCGGCGGGUAUCAGAGGGUUCUCGGGAAUUCAAAAGUGCACGUGCGCGCUACGGCAACUAGCGUACGACAACCACGCCGACAACUAUGACGAGGGGUUGUCCUUCUCUACUAGAACUGCACGUGAGUGUCUAGACAACUUUUGCAUCGUCAUGAAGCAUCUUCAUGGUGAAGAGUAUUUGCGUUCUCCGACUAGCCACCAUGUUGCGCGUUUAUAUGAGGCGCAUGAAGCUAGACAUCAUUUUCCUGGCAUGAUCAGUAGCAUCGACUGUACCCACUGGACUUGGAGAAACUGUCCAAAUAUUUUGCGUGGGCAAUACCACCGGGGUGAUCAUGAACGCCCGACUAUCAUACUUGAGGUUGUUGCUUCCUAUGAUUUAUGGUUUUGGCAUGCGUAUUUCGGUGUUGCAGGGUCAAACAAUGACAUCAAUGUUUUGAAGCAAUCGCCCAAUGAAUGGGAAGUCUCCUGA